GGCUGAAUCCUGCCCUGAUGGGUUUGGUCUCUUGUGUUGUGAAGUGGGAAUGGACACUUGAUCUCACUUCCCUGGCUAAGCGACUCUCAAGGCCGCUGGAACAAGGACGUGCAAAACGGCCAACUCAAAAGAAAGCAAACGGGGACGCGGUUUCUGAGCCUUAAUAAAAGUGCAAAUGCUCAAAUGAAAGACCCUGAUACUAUGUUACAAAACUGCUCCAGCCGUUCCCCCAGCCUCUUCCCCUCCCUCCCUCGUGGCUCCGGAAGGGGCGGCGCUGGGCGGCCGUUUGAACGCGGGCGGGAGCCUCGGCGGCGCUGCUCCGGGCGACCCAGCUACUUUGUCCGAGAAGAGCGGCGGCGUAAGCGCGGGUUCUCUCUCCCUCCGCUGGGCUCCCGGCAGGUCCAAAGCCGAACCCGCGACGGACCCUCCUUCGCGGGGAUGAGCGCCUCCGCUCCGGGCCCUUCCGGGCUCAGCCGCGGCUCCUCGCCGGAGCUCCAGCGCCGCGGCCGAGCGGAGGAGCUGCUCCGCACCGAAGGGCGAUACCUGGAGCAGCUGGAAGGGGUCGCGACGUACUUUGUGGUCACCCUGAAGGCCAAGGGGAUCUUGAACCCGGACGUCCAUGAGAUUCUCUUUGGACCCUGGGAGUCCAUCUGCUCCGCCAGCCGGACGCUGCUUUUCCACCUGGCCAGGGGCCAUUUUGCAUUAGGACUGGAGAGUUUCUGCCACCAGCUGGUGUUCUAUGUCCAUUAUGCAGAGAAUCUGGAAGCGGCUCAGAACAUCCUGAAGAAACUGGUAAGGAAGAACAAAGCUUUUUCCCGCUUCAAGAAGCUUCAGGAAUCCCGCCCAGAGCUUAAAGGUUGCCGUCUGGAAGAGCUGCUGCCGCUGCCCCUGCAAAGGCUCCGUCAGUACAGACACUUGCUGCAAGAUUUGGUGGAGCAGACUCCCCCGGAGAGCACUGGAUUUGACCAGCUCCAAGGGGCCCUAAAGUCUGUCUUGGAGGUCCUAAACCGAGUCCAGGAAAUUGCUCGUGUCCGUCAGAACCUGGAGGAGAUGAGACAGAUUCAGAAGCAGCUGAAGGGACGGAAGACCCAAGUGCUGGCUCCAGGGCGGUGGUUUCUCCAGGAAGGUUGGCUGAUGGAGGUCCCCUCCAAGGGGAAGGAGAUGCAGCGCAGGAGGUGCUUCCUUUUCUCUGAUAUCUUGUUGUUAGCCAAGCCUUGCCACCCGCUCCAUCCUUGGAAUUCACACAAGUUUGCUUGCCAGGCCGUUUACCCUCUCAGUCACUGCGUUGUGGAGAAGGUCUUUGGUCACACUCAGAGCCAAGGAGGGCUGCUCAGUCUCUCCUUCCCACAAAAAAAGUUACUAUUGAUGUCUUGCAAUCAGGAGGAUUUUGCCAAAUGGCACCAGAAUCUGGUGGUGGCUAUCAGAGAGCUUCAGGUCUGUGGCAGCCCACUGGCCCAGAAGGCCAAGUGAGCCAGCUGGACUCUGCAGCAAACCUCCUGUGCGCCCUGGAAGCUGUGUGUGGCAACCUGCCAACUUGCAGACAUCAGUGCUACCCUCCUUUGGACCACUAACUCCAUGCAUGACCCUAACUCAGCUCUAUCCUUGGUUCAGUUCUCUGUUCCUUCCGUCCAGAGAAGCAGAAUGUGAGGAACGGCCCUUUCCUUCCCCUUGGAGGCUGCUACCUCCAGAAGAGUGCCACUUAUUGAGCCUAGAGACAGGGAGCCCCUGCCCUGGGAUAGCCUGCUCAGCGACUCUCAUGUGACGCAGUGGGGCAAAAAUGAUUCAGAUUCUACGCAAACCACUUUUCACACCCAUGGAUCUUGCACAACGGGAUGUAGAAGUCUAUUUUCUUCUAAUAGUUAUGAACGAUGGUAGUUUUUCCUUGUGAAUUCUACUGAGAGAUUAGUUUUGUCUGUCAAGAUAGGAAAACUUCCGGGCUGGAACUCUAGUGGUUUUUUUCAAAAAAAUGCCAGGGCAGGACCUCAAGACUGCGUGCUUGGGAACUAAUUACUCUAUAAUCCAAUUUCACUAGGGCAGACAAACUGCUGCUUGAAGCAUAUUCAAAAUCUUGCAGCAUGUUUGCUAUGCAGUCAGAACCCUAAAUGUAGACAAACUUUGGUGUUCUUGUAAUCCUAUUCUCAGUAGAUAUUUAAAAAGCUGAUCAGUUUUGAAUUUUUGUUGCUAAAAUGGAUGUGGGUGGGGGAGAUCUUCCAGCUCCUCAAAUUUCAGAUAAUAGAAUCCAUUAUUUUAGGGAAGGGAGAAGCAGUUUACUGUGGCUUUUUAACAAUUUUAAUAUGAUUUAUUUUAGCAAUAUAAUUUCUACAAUAACAAUUACAUCUAAAAUGAGUAGAUGCAAUAAGCGAAUCACUUAGGACUUUGUUUUCAAAUGCAUCUUGUUCUGCAAUGUGUGAACCUAAAACCCAUGGGAACCCCUGCCCACUAGGUUAGGUCUGUCUGCAGUGAUACUAUCUGUAAUGCUGAAAACUGCAGGGGGAUGGGUAGGGAAAGGACAGUUCUGUAACUGUCAAAGGAAUAAAAGUUUUCUGAAUGUAUUUUUUUAUUCCAAAAUGUUGCAGUAGGGAAAAUUAUGCUUUCUUAAAUGGAUACCUGCUUUAAGAAAAUGCUAGAGAUGACUUAAAGACGGUCUAGUAAUAUAAUUAUUAGUAGGUUACUGUACUUCUUUAAGAAGAAAAAGAUCAUGUGAGGAAAUAGCCCAAAAGAAAUGUUAAUAUUAAAUUUGGCAGAUUUUGGUAGCAACACUGUAAUUAACACAUCCUUCUGUGGAGGACAGUGGACAGGCAUUCUCAAUGGUGGAAGUGUGUGUGUGUGUGUGUGUGUGUAUAUAUAUAUGGACACACACGUGUGCAUCUCUAUACAGGGAUCCUGAAACUAGAGAGAAACUUGAGGGAAAUCACAAAACACCUUCCGGUGUUUUAUACUGGCUCAAUAAGAGAGGAAAAAGUUCCUCCUGCUUUGACAGAAACUGUCCUUCACCAGUUCUUCUUUUGUGAGAGGAAAUAACAGUCCUUCCCCUUUUCUUAGUUAAUUCCAUUGCAGAUGUCACUCGCCUUAAGACAGAGUAUGCCAGUGGUGGUGAACCUAUGGCACACAUGCCAGAGGCGGCACUCAGAGCCCUCUCUGUGGGUACGCGUGUCAUUGCCCCAGCCCCGCCUCCCUCUGUAGCCCCCUCCUCACCAGCAGCCCCCCCCCGAGGAGAGUCUGCCCCAGGCACGGCCCUUGUGGAGCAGCGCAGCCAAGGACAUGGCAGCCGGGACAAGACUCUGCCCUUGUGCCCCAUCGUGUGCAGAUGAUGCUGCAGACUGCGGGCGUGGCUGCCAUGGCACUGCAAGGCCGCCUGGGCGAUUUGCUGCAGAGGGCCAUGGAGGCAGUGAGUGGCCCUGUAGGUGGGCGGGCCAAGGGCAGAGCGUGGGCGGGCUGGGGCAGUUUUUGGGCACUCGGUCUCUAAAAGGUUCGCCAUCACUGGUCUAUGCACCAUCUCUUUGUCCAGCUGCUUAAGUCGGAGUUUGACCAUUCCAAAAGCAAAAGGCAAUUAGUAAGAAAAAAAGGCUUCUCACCCAAUUUGCUUCCCCAAAUGCGAUGAACACGGACACAGAAUUCCAUUCUUGUGUUACCAAAGCCUACACUGCUUUAAGCAAUGUAAAACUAAUAGGCUUUUUAAAAAUUGCAUUAAAAAAAGAUAUUACAAAUAUUCCAUUCAUUAAAUAUUUCAUGCUUUCCCCCCAGAAUUUGAUUUGGUUUGUAUGGCUGCCAGUCUCACCUAAGCGGCUCUGGGUGGCCAUAUAAAUUUAUGUACGAACAAGCAUAAAAAUAUUACAACUAUGUAUUGUAUUAAUUUUAAAGAAAAUUGUCCAGGAAUGAGGAACAACUGAAAAUAUUAAAAUAUAUUUGAAUCACAACAUACAGCAGGUCAAGUGCAGUGAAAGGGAUCCUCAAGGAAAUUACCGAGAUUGUAGAGAAAUUUAAUUCUUUGCACUGAUUUUUCUUCAAAAUAUAGGACAGGUAUGCAACUCUGUGUUGACUUUCUCAGAGAGGUGACAAAGUACCCUGGGAUAUCUUCAAUACCAAAGCUAUGAAUUACCAAGCGUUGAUGGCAUCCAAGGAAAAUUGUUCAACGAGAAACAGAUGACCUAGGAAAAAUUCACAGCUUGUUCUUGAAACAAGUAACAGGGCCAGAGGACCUGGUAAGAGUAACCAACGUGACAUCAAUAUUCCAGUUGGGCACCUGGAAAGAAGUUUUGUCAGCUUAACCUGUGCCCAGGAUUGUUAGGUUAAAUUCUGAUCUUGUUAAUGCUACUCUCCAAAACCCUUUGACCAAGUCCUCAUCAAUGGCUCUUCUAAACUUCGUAAUAGUGAGAUGACCAGUCCUUUUAUGAAUUGUUAACUCACUGAAAAACAGAAACAAAUAGUAGAAACCUGAAAGUGUUAGGACUUGCUUAUAAAUGACUUAAGGAAAAAGCUAUUCCAAUUGCAAAAUGCCAAAGUGAUUGUGAAGUGCUUGAGGAAGAGGACCUCCUUAAAAUAAAUUGACUGCUGUGGUGGCAAAACGCAGUCCCACGUACAGCAUUCACUCCACACAUGAGACCCUAUUCCACCCCCCCCCCAUACACCUGAACUGCUUAAAGUGCCCUUGUAUUAAAGCAUUCCCAACUGGCUGCAUUGACCCUGAAUGACAACAGAGGAAUCAGGAAUUGGGGGCCCAGUAACUGAAUAUAUUCACUGGCCAUAUCUCCGUGUAUCUAAGCAGAAAGGGGUAAGUAAGGCCAUCCAGGUGGGUUUAUCAAAAUCAUUCCAACAUCAUGGUGCAAUUUACAGUUGUCUUUGUCUUACCUUUGUAACAUAGCAUAUCAAAAAAUAUACAUGUUGUGACUCUGCUUUUCAUCAAGGCUGCUCGGCAAGCUUAGAGCCGAGUGCACACUGAAAGUUAUUUGUUUGCUUAAUAAACAUGUCAUAUCUUCAA